AUGGAAUUACAAGUAUUGAAAUCUUAUAAUAAACUAAAGGUGUUUAAAAAUCUUAUUGGAUGUGAAGAAUUAGUCGAAUUAAAUAUAAGAAACAAUUCCAUUUCGAAAAUCAAUAAUGUUUCCAAAUUUAAAAAAUUAAAUCGUUUUAUUUUGACAUUGAAUUCUAUCAGAAAUAUCAAAAGCCUAAAUACAUUGUCAAAUUUAGAAGAAUUAUAUCUCGAUUUUAAUUUAAUUAGCAAUAUUCAAAACCUUCAGAACUUAUCGAACUUAAAAGUUUUUGACUUAACUAAUAACAGAAUUCUGAAUAUUCGUACCUCCUUUAUUAAUUUCUGUAAUUUAGAGAAAUUAGUUUCAAUAAUAAAUUAUAUUACAAAAAUUGAAAUAUUUAGAACAGAAUUAUUAUAUUUAAUGGCAAUUGAUUUAUCCCGUAACCAAAUAAAAAUUGAACAUUUUAACCAAACUAGCUUAACACUGUUAGAUUUAUCAAAUAAUAAAAUUGAAAAAAUUGAAAACUUGGAUAAAAUAACAAAUUUAACCAAAUUAAAUUUGUUAAAUAACAAAAUAACAAAAAUUGAAAAUUUGGACAAUUUACCUAACCUAUCAGUGUUUUAUCUAUCUUUCAAUAGAGUAAGAAUUGUUCAAAAAAUUGAAAAAUUAGUCAAUUUAAGUGUGAUUACUUUAUCACACAACAAAAUUACUAGCUUUAAAAUCAAUGAAAAUGAGAUAUAUUUUAAAAAAUUAACUAAAAUAAAUAUAUCUGACAACAGGAUAAAUAAAAUAAAUAAAAUAAAAGAUUUAAGUUACUUCAAAAAUUUAAAGUCUUUGAAUUUAUCUUAUAACUCAAUAUUUGAAAUAAAAGAUUUUAAUUAUUUAAAUAAAUUAAAGUCUUUAAAUCUAUCAUAUAACCUGAUAUCCGAAAUUAAUGGUUUGAAUUGUUUAAAUAAUUUGAAAUAUUUGGACCUAUCGAAUAAUGAUAUUGAAAUACUAGUGCCUAUUGAACACUUAAAUAAUUGUUCAUUUAUUAAUCUAAGGUGCAAUUGGAUAAGACAAAUUCAAGAUGACUCCAAAGAAACUAAAAGGCCUUCAAUAUUCAAAAGAUUAUUUAAAAGAAGAAUAGCUUCACCAGUUCUUCCAAAAAAUCAGAAAAUGGAAGUAGAUUUAAUGUUCAACCCACUACAACAAGUGGAAGGGCUUGCAAAAUGGAGCAACAUAAGCCAUUUAGUUCUCCCUGAUAGCGAAUUGAGCUUUUAUAACAAAGACCUUCCACAUAUACCUAACAUUAAAGAAAUUAAGAUAAGAACAUCAUCACGAUUACGCAAUGAUGAAUUUGAUAAAUUAAGGAAAAUGUUUCCAGAUUUAAAGAUUAGCUACCAAGGAAUUAAUCAUUUAAAAAACUUAUAA